UUCCGGUUCCCCUCCAUCAUCGUUAUGUGCUUUUGUUAUCUUAGGUCCUGUUCAGUUUAAUAUUAUUUUCAACCAUUUUUUCGUAAAGUUACCAAAAUUUUGGCUAUGUUUAGUUUGUUGCCAAAUUUUAAUAAAUACAUAUGAAAUCUUGCUAAAAUUUUUGACAACCUUACCAAAAUUUGGCAAUGUCAAAACUUGGUAAGAUUGAAAAUGAUAGCAAAGUAAACAAGCCCUUAUUUCCCUUGGAUGGAUAUUGUCAAAUUACUCUAAGCUCCAUGCCUCAUGUACUAUCUGUCUUUUAGGACAAACAAAUGGUUGCAAUUAUAUGCAGUGUGCUUGCGCUAAUUGCCAAACAUCAGUUCAACUAUAUUAUAAGUUCAUCUAUCACGAUUAUUUACUCUUAUUUUUCUGUACUAGUGAUCAACCGCCCUUCAUUUCAGAAAUAAUGCAUCAAAGCAAAUAUGCGGAUAAGUAGAACUAGUACAACUUAUGCUGUACCACCCAUCCAUGGCUCACAUGUUACAUCCUCCCACGUUGCUUAUACAAACAAUGAAUGAAUAAACUACAGUCUGUUCGAUCUCACGCGCAAACCUCAAAUAAAACGACCAUACCGACGGGCGACGGCCCGACGCCACUACGCCAGCUUUAGAGUUAGAGGCGCGCACAUCGCUUGGAUUUGCUCUGCACUGACUCCCAUAUAUACCACUUCGCCGGCUAGGCGACCCAGCCAUCCUCUAACUCGCAACACGUAAGCCUGCACCAAGAACGACUCUUGCUUGACCAUGCCGAGAGCGCGAGGUCUUUCCUGCCUCAUGUCGCCGCUCAGCGGCAAGCGCCACGCCGGUGACGCACGCCGCAGCAGCGCCGCGUGCAUAUGCUGCAUCGGCCCACACCACAAGCCGUCGUCCGCCGUCGGCGGUGGCGGCGGCUGCGUGCCCUGCCUCGCUCCCCACGCCGACCACAGCGUGAGAGCGCCUCUCACCAGCUGCUGCGGCAGCGGCGGCGGCGGCGGUGACAACAACCUCCGCGGCCGCAGCAGCACCACCACCAGCGCGCGCACGCCGCGCACACCCAAGACGCCGUGCACGCCCACGGCCAGGCGACUCUGCGGCGUCCGCUCCCGCACCCCGCGCCGCGGGCAGGUCGGCUGCUUCCAGUCGUCGGCGCCUGCCGCCGCAAGGACGCCGCGGACUCCCACGACGCAGCGCGCGUGCUACGUCCGUGGCACGGGCACGGCUCAGGGCAACGCGAAGCUGGGCAGGCGGCGCCGCUGGCUCCGGUCCACGGGCCAGACGCCACGCCGCACGGCGCGCGCGGGUGGCGACGUCGGCAACGGCGGCGACGUCAAGGUUUACAACACUGGCCUCGUGGAGGCCGCCGCCGAGGAGUCGGUAACAAAGGAAGAGGAGACCAGCUCGAACGACGAGUACGCGCUGCUGUGCAGGCAGGGCUUCCCACGCGAGGACGUGGCCGCGGUCACCAUCCAAGCCUACUUCCGAGGCCACCUGGCGAGGCGAGCGUUCAAGGCGCUGAAGAGCCUGGUGCGGCUGCAGGCGGUGGCGCGGGGGGCGUACGUGCGGCGGCAGGCGGAGGUGGCGAUCCACUGCAUGCAGGCGAUGGUGCGGCUGCAGAUGCGCGUGCGCGCCAGGCAGAUGCUCACCAAGCCCAAGGAAGGGCAGCUCUUGCCGAGCUGAUCAUCAAAGCCGUACGUGUGCAGUGCACGACCACGUUACCGUGGGAAAUAAACGUCGCCUGAAUAAUUCUGGAAAUCUAUCAAGUUAAGAUGUUUGGCAUUUGUUGCUGCCGAGAACAUCGACAUGGGCUGUUGGCCUGUUGCUGUGAUGAACUUCCCGUGGAUUUGUAAUUCUAAAUAUCUGUAAUUCAUAUGUUGUCCUUGGUUUUUUUUACCCGUGGAAAAUGCUUAACUGUUUCGUUUGGGAAUAACCCAUUUUAUUUUGUUUUCUUUUGAUUAACUUGAUCCUGUGACCCGAAGAAUUAUUUGACCUAUAUGGAAGUAGUUUAGUUGUACAAUCUUUAAGAUUUGUUUUCAUUUAUCAC